UCAAGCACCUAGGUAUGCAGACUGCUUCUACAAACAUUUGUAAAAGAAUAGGUCACUCUCAGGAGCUCAGUGAAUUCAAGCGUGGUACCGUGAUAGUUUGCCACUUUUGCAAUAGGUCCAUCAGUGAAAUUUCCUUGUUGCUAAAUAUUCCACGGUCAAUUGUUAGUGGUAUUAUAACAAAGUGGAAGCAACUGGGAACAGCAACUAAGCCACGAAGUGGUAGGCCACAUGAAAUGACAGAGCGGGGUCAGCACAUGCAUGUGGCCUUUAGAUUAGCACAACAACAGUGCAUAGAGAGCUUCAUGGAGUGGGUUGCCAUGACCGAACAGCUGCAUCCGAGCCUUACAUCACCAAGUACAAUGCAAAGCGUCGGAUGCAUGGAGAUGUGUUUUCUGGAAUGAUGAAUCACUCUUCUCAUACUUCAUGGGAAUCCGAUGGACAUGUCUGGGUUUGGCGGUACCCAGGAGAACGGUACUUACCUGACUGCAUUGUGCCAAGUGUAAAGUUU